AUCCAUUCCGAGGUGCCUCGGAUCACCAUCGCCAUCACCAACCCCUCCCCGCCUCUGCUCUCCUCGGAGCCUGUCGUCGCGGCGCCAUGGCGACCCCAAUGGAGCAGCAGCAGCAGCAGCUCCUCGCCCAGCGGCAAAAGGAAAACGCCAUUGCCACGCAGAACCUCCUCGCGCGAGCGCACUCGCCCGACAGCGCAAGCCGCAUCUACGCCGACAAGAUCCAACACCGCACCCUUCACCUCCGGCCUUCGUCACCUCCGUCCGCUGUCGUCAACGCAAGGGCCGCCAGGCGCAAGGCCCGCGAGGCGGCAAAGGCCAAGUGCAAAAUCCGGCCCAAGCCCCUGUCGUCCCGCGAGCGACGCCAGCUCGGCCUCCACGACAUCUCUCGACACGGUCACAAAUACGAAAUCUAUGAGCCACUCAAUGCCCUUUGGCGCGGAUAUGCCCGCGAAGUGCUUGGCAACGACAUCUUCACCGGCGGUCCUACGGCCGCCGCCAAGUUGGCCAGCGCCGAGCUGCACGGCGCUCUUGUUGAGGUGGUGAGGAGCCGCUGCCCAGGCCGCGUCGGUAUCCAGGGCAUCGUCGUGCGUGACCGCAAGUUCGUCCUCGAAAUCAUCACAAAACAACGGGGACUCAAGCUCGUGCCAAAGGAGGGCACAACGUUCCGCAUCCAGAUCCCUGCUGCCGAAGCCUCAGCUUCAGAGCAACAGGCACUGGAGGAGCCCAAGCAUUUCGCUUUCGACGUCCUCGGUGAUCAGCUGAUGUUGCGCUCUGCGGAUCGAGCGAAUCGAAAGUUUAAGCACCAUUUCCUGACCAACCUCUAAAUUCUCGGUACGAAGAUGCAGCCGUCACUCAUCAUCACUGGCUCAAACCUUGCCUUUUGGCUUCUGCUUGGUUCAGGGGUGCAUUGGUGCCUGGAACCGCAAAUGGGCAGGUAUAAAGUCGACUGCGGCCUACCGAGCGCGCCAUAAGCUGUCUCCAGUCCCUCGGAUAUCGGGCCCUGCUACGCACCAUCUGCCACGACGACGAUGGAGCGGCAAACAAGGCCUGAACCAAGCGAAAAGGCAGUCUCGAAUAUGUUGGAGCCAUGGGCUAGUGGGGAGGCCUGUCGCCAUACACCCCAGCGCCUACCGCAGCCUUGCUGCAACCUAGUCCAGGGCAUCAUAGCAGUGCAAGCACUGGCCCUACUAGACAGCAUCCAUUUCGCGCUCUGGAUGUACAGCAAUGCAAGCGAGCGGGUAUAUCUAGGCAGUUCCAUUCACGUAAGGAGAAUCAUCCCUUACAACGUUCGUUGGUUUAGCAUGCUGACGCGGCG